AUGGGUUACGGCGGCAACAUAGUGCUGAGCUGCAAUGAGGGGCUCAUGACGGCAGACACCUCCGGAUGCCUGGCCUUCUGCGCUUCGGGCGGCUCGGUGGCCGCGAGCUUCGGGGGCGCCAGCCACGCGGUGAGCCUCAGCGCGGACAUCGUCUCCGGCAGCACGGGGACCGAGAACUGUGGCGAUGCGGACAGCGGCUUCGAGGGUGUCUUGACUUUCUCCUGCACCAACGGAGUCACGAGCCUCGACAGCCACACCUGCACCGAGAGGGCAUGCGCAACGGACCUCUCCUAUUCGCUGGUCCUUGGCUCCAAGACGUCCACAGAGACCAUCACCAGCCAGGUGGCACAUGCGGGCACAUUUACAGUGACCUGUGCUACGGUGGAUACAGACUACGACAACGACAUCACAGUGACCUGCCUCAAGGGCGCGCUGAGUGCCGACUACUCGGCGUGCAAACCUGCCUGCCUCACCACCAACUCCGCGAUCCUGCCGCUGGGCUCCAACAAUGUGGACGUCUUCCCCACUGCACGCAUGGCGGAUGGGGAGUCCUUCACCAAGCAAUGCAGUGACUUUGGUGGUCAACAUGGGGGCACUGUGGAGGCGAGGGUAUGGGCGUUGUGGCUGUGGCUUCCAGCUGCCUGGUGGGCUGCGCCGCUGAUGAUGCCUACCAGGUGGACCUCUCCUUUGGAAUCUUCACCGGACGCGUCGCAGCGGACCUUCUGGACACUGUGA